CCUCCUCCUCCUCCCUCUUUCGCUUGCUCGCUGGCGCGUUGAUACGGACGGUGGCCAUGCCCCCCACCUCAACGAUCGUUCAACCAGGAAUUUGAAGAUCGUGGAUAUGGUGGGCGAUUUCCGUAGAGAUGGGAUGGUGAGUUCAGUUGGUGCUGAGAGUAGUAGUCGGGCAGUUGAUGAGAAUGAAGUGGGUGUAAGUGCUGUUGAAGGGGAGUAUGAGCAGGUUGUGGAGGUAAAAAUGAAUGACGAUCUGUUAGAGAGGGACGACAUUCUGGACGCCAUGCCGCCAGUAUCGAUGACCUCAGUAGAUGAGCCCUGUGUGGGUCAGGAAUUCGACUCUGAAGCGGCCGCACAUGGGUUUUAUAAUGCAUAUGCUACCCGGGUAGGAUUUAUAAUUCGGGUGAGCAAACUCUCUCGGUCGAGGCGUGAUGGAUCGGCUAUUGGUCGGGCUUUCGUUUGCAACAAAGAGGGUUACAGGAUGCCAGAUAAACGCGAGAAGAUUGUCAGGCAAAGGGCUGAGACGAGAGUCGGUUGUAGGGCCAUGAUGCUGGUGCGGAAAAUACAUACAGGCAAAUGGGUCGUCACAAAGUUUGUGAAGGAACAUACUCAUAACUUGUCACCUGGCAAAGGCCGGAGGGACUGUAUUUAUGAUCAAUAUCCUAACGAACAUGACAAAAUUCGGGAGUUGUCGCAGCAGUUGGCAAUAGAGAAAAAGCGAGCCGCGACGUACAAAAGGCAUCUCGAACUAAUCUUUGAGCACAUUGAGAAUCACAAUGAGAGUCUGGCAAGAAAGAUCCAGCACAUAGUAGACAGCGUGAAGGAAAUCGAAAGCAGAGAGCAGCAAAGUUAGAGAUAGAUUGCCGCAUCUCUUCCUUUUCUUUCUCCCCCUUUUUUGAUCUCUUCCAUUUCCCAGUUCGAAUUGUAAAAUGACGGACUGCGUGGUAAAAGAUGAUGUGAUGAAAUCCUUGUCGAUAUGUCCAGUUUCAAAUAGAUCGCAGUAACCAAUUCCCCCC